CUGAAGCUAUAUGGUAACGAUUCCAAGUUCAGGAACGAAGUGUGUUUCUGAGGAGAUUCAAAGCAACGUUGUUGCUUUUGAUUACUAUGUCAUCGAUGAAAACAACCCCGAUCAUAUACCCACCGUCUCUGCUCGGACCGGUAUCUCAUUCAUUGGCGACACUCAUGGCAAAGGGCACAGAUUUCUUUUCACACAAAUUCCCCUCUGCUUCCGAGAUUCUUGAAGAGCUUAAAGAGCUAUGGGGCAUGGCUUUGCCUAUAACAGCCAUGAACUGGCUAGUCUUUGUUAGAGCAGUGCUAUCGGUUCUGUUCUUAGGUAGACUUGGUAGUCUAGAACUAGCCGGAGGAGCUCUCUCCAUAGGCUUCACCAACAUCACUGGCUACUCUGUGCUUGUUGGUCUUGCCUCAGGGCUCGAGCCAGUGUGUAGCCAAGCCUACGGGAGCAAGAACUGGGAGUUACUAUCUCUCUCUCUCCAACGCAUGAUCAUCAUACUGUUUCUUGCAAUCAUACCAAUCAGCCUGUUAUGGGUGAAUCUUGACAGCAUUAUGGUUUUCAUGGGACAAGAUAAAGAUAUCACAUCAAUGGCAGCAACUUAUUGUAUGUACUCUUUGCCGGAUCUUUUAACAAAUACUUUGUUACAGCCGUUGAGGGUAUUUUUAAGGUCACAACGGGUGACAAAGCCUAUGAUGUGGUGCUCCUUAAUAGCUGUGAUAUUUCACCUGCCCCUUAACUAUGUGUUGGUGAUGGUUAUGGGGCUGGGGGUACCAGGUGUGGCAAUGGCAUCCGUGGUUACCAACAUGAACAUGUUGGUGUUGAUGCUGGGGUACGUGUGGAUUAGUGGGAGGUGUGAGAUGAGAUGGACGACUGGAAUUGGAGGGGUGUGUGGUGGGGUUGUCCCACUUUUGAGAUUGGCAGUGCCUAGUUGUCUUGGGAUUUGUUUGGAAUGGUGGUGGUAUGAGAUAGUGACGUUGAUGGCUGGUUAUCUGUGGAAUCCAACACUCGCUGUGGCUGCCACUGGGAUCCUGAUUCAGACCACCAGCAUGAUGUACACUUUCCCCAUGGCUCUUGCUGGAUGUGUCUCCGCCCGUGUAGGGAAUGAACUUGGAGCUGGUAAGCCAUACAAAGCUAAGCUAGCGGCCAUGGUGGCAUUGGGAUGUGCAUUUGUGAUUGGCAUAAUCAAUGUGGCUUGGACGGUGAUACUUAGGGAAAAAUGGGCCGGGUUGUUCACCAGGGAUGAUCUUGUCAAACCAUUAGUUACAACUGUCAUGCCAAUCAUAGGGCUGUGUGAGCUAGGUAACUGCCCCCAAACAACUGGCUGCGGUAUCCUACGUGGCAUGGCAAGGCCGUCGGUUGGGGCCCGCAUAAAUCUGCGCUCAUUUUAUUUCGUGGGCACUCCGGUGGCUGUAUGCCUAGCCUUUCUGUUAAAUGUGGGUUUCCCCGGGCUCUGGUUUGGACUACUAUCUGCCCAAAUGGCUUGUGUUGUGUCUAUUAUGUAUGUCGUGCUGUGUACAACAGAUUGGGAAGCUGAGGCAUUGAAAGCAAAGAAGCUAACCGGCAUGGAAAUGAGCUCAUGCAUGGAUGAAGAUGAGAGUAAAGGGCUGUUGGGUGAUGGAAAUGAUAAAAUAGAUGACGUUUUGUGAAGAGAAAUGGACAGAGAGUUAUGGAAUACGCGCAUAAGAUGCGGGAUACUGUUUUGUUUUUUAUUGUCUAGUUGCUUUUGGGAGAGGUAGCUGACUCAUGUUUGUUUUUUCUUUGUGUUUGCUUUUAUUUGGCUCUCGGAGUUUAGUCAUCAGGGAACCUAUUAUAGGGUAGGAUGGUAAAC